UCCCCGCGCAUCCGGUGCCUCGCAGCGCAGCCGGGAGCGGGGCCAUGGGGGCCGCCCGCGAUGCGGAGCAGCAGCCGGGGCCGCCGGGCGAGGAGGGCCCGGGUGAGGCCGAGGAGCAGCUGGUGAGCACGAGCCCCUGGAACAUCAUGAUCAAGCACCGGCAGGUGCAGCGGCGCGGGCGGCGCUCCCAGAUGACCACCAGCUUCACGGACCCGAGCGUGUCCAUGGACCUGCUGCGCGCUGUGCUGCAGCCCAGCAUCAACGAGGAGAUCCAGGGCAUCUUCAACAAGUACAUGAAGUUUUUCCAGACAGCAGCAAUCAAUGUACGUGAUAACGUUGGGGAGGAGGUGGACCCAGAGCAGCUCAUCCAGGAAACCUGUAGGAGCUGCCUGGAGCAGGCCAAACUGUUGUUCUCCGAUGGCAAAAAGGUGGUUCCCAGGUUGCCUCAUGAGCAGGCAGUGCCAAAGCGUGCCCGACAGAUGGAUGAGGAGCUGAGCCGUCGAGGGAACCCCAUUCCAAAAAAGAGGAAGGGGCGGCCUCCAGGACAGAGCCUGUCAAAUGACCGUGGAGUCUCAGGCAUGGCAGCGUGGAAGCUCAAAGUCUCUGAGUCUGUGAAAAGGGAUGGACCAAAGUGGGAUCCAUCCCGACUGACUGAAACCACAACCUUUGUGCUGGGAUCUCGAGCAAACAAAGCUCUCGGGAUGGGAGGAACAAGAGGGCGACUCUACAUCAAGCAUCCCCACCUCUUUAAGUAUGCGGCCGACCCGCAGGAUAAGCACUGGCUGACAGAGCAGCAGCACAUGAGAGCCAUUGGGGGCAAGAUGGCCUACCUCCUCAUUGAAGAGGACAUUCUGGAUUUGGCUGCCAGUGAGGAUUACAGGGACUCUGUUGAUCUGCGGCUGGACGAGCUGAAGCCUUUCAUCCCACCAGCCUGGAUGACUGAAAAGAUGCAGAAGCACAUGGAGACGCUUCGCCGCGGGGGGGAUGUGCCGCCCCCCGAGGAGCCCCCCGAACCUUGAUGCCUUCCAAUAAAGCCGCU